GGUGGCCGUCGUCGUCAUCGUCGCGCUGGCCGUUGUCGGGUGCUCCGGCCACGUUAGCGAUCGCGCCAGGAGUCUGCCGACGACCGAUUACCGCGGAUCGAGGCGCGCGAGUGUCGGACGAAAGGAAGAGAGAGAGAGAGAGAUACUCGUACAUCCUGCCGCGGCCCGAGCUGUACGUUGUGCCGCGCGCGCGAGAAUGCGACCAUGAAGAAGGUACCGCGGGCGCGAGACGCGCCGACGAGGUAGCUCCGCGAGAACUACCGCCGCUGGCUGUCUCGCGGGAUCCUCUCGGUUUACCUCCCGGGACGCCGAGAGUAGGACAUUCCUCUCGUACGAGAGGGAAAAAGCGGCUAGAUCGAUAGGCCAGCUGGUGUGCGUGGCCAGCGUUUUCGCCAACGAGUACGGUGUCGCUGCGCGGGGUGCGGCCCAGGAUGGUGAAGGCGCCGAGCGUAGGACCCGCCGGAGGGCCGCCGGGCAUCAGGAGGAUCCAUCCGGGUCCUGAGAUCGCCAUAAAUCCGAGAAAUCUGCCCACGGUCUCGGCGAACAUGACACCGUUGCGAGGUGAUGCCAAUGCUAUCGGCAGGACGACGCCAGUCUAUCAUCCCCAGGUGGACGUCUCCACGCAGGUAGACCUCCACGGGGGUUUCGGCGGGCCCGUCGAUUGGGAUCGUCGUGCUACGCCCUUGUACUCGCGCGAGGACAUCAAGGAGCAGUACUGCAUCACCAGCCGGCAGUUGGACGCCGUCGAGAAGUCCGGCGGCGGUUUCUUCGGCUGCCUGUCGACGAGGGGCCCGUCGCCGUGCAGCUCCACCAGGAACUCCAUCCUCUCGGCGUGCGUGCGUAGCGUGCCCAGCGACGAGAACCUGUGCGACGCGCCUUAUCCCCGAAGACCCCUGCAGAUCAUGUACCGUCAACCGCGCGGCUACGUCUUCGAGGACGAGGCGGAUUGGAUCGACAGUUCCUACUUUAGGCCGCGCCCCAAGUUUUGCACCGUGCCCGAUCCGAAGAGAUACACCUGGGUGCCGGAGGAUGAGGAGUCCAUGAAGCUGGAGGGACCGCGGCCGGUGCUACCGGCCGUGCCUCCUCCACCCAGUGCGAUGACCACGGCGACGCAGCCGCCGAAGACGAAACACGUGAGCUUCGCGAGGUCCCACACGCUCACGUCGUUCGAAGUCCCGAGGAGCCGAAGUCCUCCGGAACGUCUUAUAGACUCGCAGCCGACAAUGCAGAACGCUAUACUGCCUUCGUCCUUGCCCUUGGUGCAUCCUUACCCUGGCGUCGAGCCACGCGUUCUUGUGCUCGAGAAACCGCCUAAGCGCGGCGCGAUGAAGACGCAGGCGACGCAGACUGAGAUCCCGGCGAUGUUUCGCGGCCGUGUGCUUCCGGUGACACUCAGCCCCAGAACCAUUCAUCGUGUGAAAAUGGUCUCGCAGGGCGCGCAGACGAAUGGCGUGUUCAAUGGCAGAAAAUUGACCAAAAGUUACUCGGAAGCCGGACAAUUAGGAACGCCGCUCGGCGGCGGUCAAGUUGGCGCGCCGACUAAAGAGGAAGCCGAGCACGAGCCACUCCAUAGAACCCAAAGUGAGGAGCCGCCGAGGUCGCCCUUCCUUGUUUCGACGACACCACCGCCGCCGUUUCCUUCCACCGUCGUCACCAUCAACACCACCAACGUUAUCGUUGAAACAUUGCCAAAUGGGGAUAUCGUGAUUCCUUCCGACGUUGUUCCUCUGGAGCAUCGUAAAUCUCUUGAUAUAGACGACCAGGAGAUCUUCAUAAAUUUCAAGCCGGCUCCAGUGUCGCCGGAUGCACGGGCGCUCCUCAGCCGGAUUUCCGAGCCCACCCGCAGGCUGCUGCCUCUCCAGAAGACGUUCUCCGACGGCGAAAUCCGCGUCGAGAGACGCGAACUCAUCGGGGAGACCGGCGAGCCGAGUUACCCUCACACCUGCAGAAGGAAUCACCAAGAUCCUUGGGGCAGGACUGUCAGAGCACCCGUCCAAUUUUCCUCGACACCCGAGGAUCUGUCCUUGCUACGAAUCGCCUCGCCCCAUGAGGAUCAUCACGAAGAGGAGUUCCACGAGAAUCUGAUACGUCGCGGUCUCUUUCGGAAGAGAAGCGUGUCUCUGGAGGACGGCGUGCAGGGUCUAUCGUCGGACGACUUUAUGCUGCCCAGGUCGCUUCCAACUUCACCCACGUCGCCGACCGCGGCGGCAGCACCACGCAGGAUCUCGCAGAGUCCGAAGGACGACUCGCUGCCGAGCGGCGCGCUGCUGCACACCACGUUCGCACCACCCGGGUUCAGCGCCGGUACCAGCAUCAUCGGCCAGGUGACAUCUCCGUUCGCAUCGAGCGAUUCUCUGACGAACGACGUGACGAGGGACCACAGCGACGGGAUUUGGAACGAGUCGCAGGCGACGGUACUCCAGGCCGACUCGUUGGCCUUGUUAACGCCGUCCUCGAGGAGGAGGCAUCUGCUGUUGCUGCAACAUCAGCAACGCUCCUCGAUGGAUACCGAGGCGUUGGACGUGGAGGACGAGGUGGAGCCCUGCCCGCCGAGUCCGCGAAUACGCCUGGAGCCUGCCACUCCGGUGCAGCCCUUCACACCGAGACGCGCAUACAGAAUACAAGAUCUGUUACCGCCCGAGUUUCAACAAAUUUACUACAAUGAUGUAUCCGCAACAGCACGUUUUUACGCGUACGAUAUCAUCGAAUCGUCCAUUUCCGCGAGCAACGGCCGCCCGAGGAGCGGACUGCGCCGCGCGAGUCCGGCUCCGCCGCUGUCUCAGCCCCAGUCGCAGUCGUCGAGUGAGUUCGGCUUGAGCCUGGCGAGGACCGACUCGGGCGGCCGCACCAACACCGAUCUCUCCGAGACCUCCGAGGAUUACGUCACUGCCAACACUUCUACGGAAACCGGGACCACCACAGGUACGUCCGCGACGACCAGCUCCUGGUCGAGACCACCGCAGACGUCCAGCGCCGCGGCAUCGGCGCCCGCCUCGACCACCGCGACCGCCGCGGAAGGCAGCUCCUUCGAAAGUGCCAGCUCGAUCUACAGCUUGGCGAGAAGCGAGGCCGUCGUCGAGGAGCCGUGCAGCCCGCCGCCGAUCUUGGAAGAAGCGGAGAUCGCGUUCGGGCUGGAGAUACCUCCGUCGGCGAUGAGGUCCAGCAGCAGCAGCAGCUCGGGCAGCUACGACCUCAAGGACGCGAUGGCUGAUCACAACCACGAUUUGGAGCAGGCCGCUCCGCGCAGCGGACACACCUCGGAGACCGAGUUAGAUCGAGACGAGGGCCACCGAUCGUCGUCCGGGGGUUACGCCGAGUCGCCGCCCGACGUUCGCGUGUGGAGCGAGGAGGAGCGCCGUCGCAAGAAGAAGACCUUCAGCCUGGACUUCCUCGGGAACAACGUCGAGACGGAGCACAGCGUCGAGCCGGCGUAUCCCGAGAACGUGGAGGUCAGCCCGACACCGAGCCACCGGCACCGAUCGAGGAGCAAGCCGGCGUCGACGCGGAGCCCUCACCGGAACAACAGGAAGCGAGAGGCCGCGGCGCAACAGCCGGCGCAGCAACAAGCGCUCAGCCGCAGCCCUCAGAAGGAGGAGUGGAGGGUGGAGCAGGCCGAGGACGGUCCGCACGCGCCGACGUCCGACGAUUCCAGCUGCAGUCAUCAUUACCACAUGCAUCAUCAUCACCAUCAUCACAUGCAUCGGGAAGGCGCGGAGAGGCAUCGUCGUACCAGGGAGAGCCCGCGGAGGAAGACCGCCGGCUACAUCUCCACCAGGAGGCGCAGCAACGAGACCAUUCGCUCGAUAUCCGGUGAUCGUGUGCAGGACAAGAACGCGGCGAUAACCGGCAGCCUGCCGCGAAGGAGGUCCCGCGUCGCGGACGACAUCGUGUGCUCCAGCCGGCUGAGCCCCGGCCGUUACCAGCGCAGUCCCGGGCACAACGGUCAACGAGCGAUCGUCAUGGAGGCGCAGAGCCCGGAGGUGAGACUGAAGGCCCUGUCGGCGGAGUCCUUGAGGUCCGUCAGUCCGGGCAGCGACAGCGUGUUCUACAGCGAGAGCGCCGAUCAGCCUUGCGUCGCUGUCGCCCCACUGGACGCCGCGCACUGCCACCAUUGCGGCAGAGAGGUGUCGGAAGAGAUCGUUCGACCACCGGCAGGUUUCGCGGACUCCCCGGAGGGACACAGGACGUCCUCCAAGCACGUCUCGGGCCACCGGUUGUACAAGAAGUUCGACAAGAGGUACAGAUCGGAAGACCGCGGCGACAGGAGGCACCGUCGCAGCAGCGCCGGCAGAUCGGACAUCCGGGCUAAAUCGGAGGAGAGAACCACCUCCCGGUCGGGAAGCAGAGGUUCGAUCGACGACACCGCCAGCGGCAGGAAGAGACUGCAGGCUCGAAGCACCGAUGCCAGCAUGGAGAUUCUCACGGGGAGGGAAGACGAGGACACUUACGUGGAGCCGUAUACGAGCAGCGAAUGGAUUUACAUCGGCGAUCUCGAGGAGAGUCACGUGUGGAAAAGACCCGAUAGCAUGGGCGGUGACGAUGAUAUCACGGAAGGUGGCCUUAAAGACCGACGGGACUCUCAAGAAUCCACGGAGAGCGAGAAGAAUUUUAAGAAGAGAUACCAGGCGGCCACGCAUAGGAUGGUGCACCGAAAAAGCAGCGGCGAGAUGUACAAGAGAAUACAAACCAAAUGUUUCGAGAGCGACAACAGAGUGAUCGUGAAGCGGGAAGCCGGCGGCGAGUUCGGAUUCCGCAUCCACGGCUCGAAGCCCGUGGUGGUUUCCGCGAUCGAGCCGGACACGCCGGCGGAGAGUUCCGGGCUGGAGGUGGGCGACAUCAUCAUGUCCGUGAACGGCAGAAGCGUCAUGGACGCCACGCACUCGGAGGUCGUGAGACUGGCUCACUCCGGCACGGACGUCCUGGAGCUGGAGGUGGCGAGGACCUGCAACGUGCUGGCGCCGCGUCUCGCUCGCACAGGGGCGAAGGAGUGCGCCGAAGAGGCGCCCCUAUGCUCCGGUUACCUGUGGAGGAGGUCCGCCACGUCCAGCGCGGACAAGUGGGUCCGCAGGUGGUUCGCUCUUCGUCGCGACAACUGCCUGUACUGCUAUAAGACUGACGCGGACUCGCAGCCGGUAGGAGCGGUGAUGCUCCUUAAGUACGACGUGGAGCAGACGCCCGAUCUGAGGGUGAAUAGCUUUGCGAUAAAGAAACAAGGUGCCCCGACGUUGCGACUGGCGGCCGAUACCGAAGAUGCGAUGGCUCGGUGGAUCACGGUUAUACGUGAAGCUGUCGAGAGGAACAAUCAGAUCGACACCUGGCUGGACGCCUCGAUGAGAAUGAGGGAGAUGGCUGCGUGCGCUAUUCAGAGGCCGGAUUGUUUCGGGUAUCUGAGUAAACAGCAGGAACACGCGCGGAAAACUUCCUCACCCACCGGUUGGUCCCGGCGGUAUUGCGUGCUGAAGGACGCCGCGCUGUACUUCUACGAUGACGCCAACGCCGAGAAGGCAUUCGGCGUGGCGUGUCUGCACGGCUUCAGGGUGCACAGCAGUGCGCCCAGUUCCGGCGGCAGGAAGCACGCUUUCGAGUUGCAACCGCCGGAUCCCACGCAGAGGAGCUACAUCUUCGCUACCGAGUCGGAGAUGGAUAAGAAACGGUGGCUGGCCGCGCUCGAAUACUCGAUCGAUCGAUGGAUAAAGAUAGGUUGAUGCGAAACAAUCCGCCCUACGAUGAAUCCAACGAGUCGCAGUAGCGAAGAUCGUCCAAGGAAAUCCUCGUCCGUACCCGUUUCCGGUUCCUAAAGCGCGCGUCGCGCGAGCCGUCCGCGCGACGAUAAUCGGAUAAUCGUCUUUACCCGGACGAUCGCAACCCGCUCGUGGAUGUCGCCAAAGCAUUAUCAUUUCAACGACAUUAUUGAGUCUCACCGUCAUGAUCAUCAUUGUAGCUGCUGAUUAACAGUGACGCUGAGUAAAAGUUGUUCAAAUAAACGUCAACGCUGAAAACGCUGCUAACUUUCGCCCCACUCUCGUGCGAGCCACGUCGUCGUCGUCGUCGCCGUGACGUCGGAAUUGUUUGUCAGCAGUAACGCGAUUCUCCAUCGAGCAGAGUCAUUGAAACCGGUUAGCACAGUUCCGGUGAGUUCGCUUCUCGACGGCGGGGAUUUCCGUCUCGAGCUCCGAAUUCGCCGAGGUCGCGUCGCUCUCGAUUUCGCGAUCGGAUCUUGCAACGCGCCUGCUCAAGUACUCCACCCACUCAGCCCCAUCCCUCAUGCGCUCAUCGCACACCUCAUCGUCGGCGUCCCGCCAAUUCGAGAAGUCGUUGUGCGAAUCAACGAGUAACAAUGCGAGAUCGGGCAUUACUUUCCGGUAUCACAACGCGAUCUUAUUAUUCGCGAGCAAAUCGCAGUCGUUUGUCGCUGAAACUGCACACGCACACGACUCUGCUGGCCGAGGAGGGCGUCUUCGAAGAGCGGCACGAUGUUCAUCUCGAACGGACGUUCAACCGCGCGAGCGGCAGGGUAGACGAGCAACGUUUCGUGCGAGACGCGCAUGCGGUAGCCAAUAGUCGCGCGUGUAUGCGGCGCAUGUGCAAUUGCCAUUUAACUAUGUCGCUAAUUCUUAAACCGAACGCCAAAUAUUUGUAUAAGGGAGAUUCAGCCGCGAGAACAGCGGGAGAAGCGAGAAGUCGACUGCGUGCGUUCCGUAGGUUGCACGCGAACUCGUGCGCGCAUUAUCGGUGCGGUAGAUACGAACGCAACGGAAGCACCGGAAGUACCGAGGAGUGUCCGCCGAAAGUUACAUUCUCUCGCGCGAGGAUAACGGCGUGCGUUGUAGAGGAGAGAUAAUCCUACACUGGCGCAUCAGGUUCUCGGACUGAUCCCGCUUCUACCAGCAUAUACGGGGUGUCUCGGAAUUGUACGGUACAUAUUUUACGGAGAGUCCGUAUGUGGAAACUUUGUUCACGGACUCAGUCUAGGCGGGUUUUCCCUUCAUCUCGAAAGAUAUUCAACCGAAGGUUCAAUCCGGCCAAAUUCUCCCCACCGUGCGAAUUUUAUUCAACGCCGCAGACUCCGACGGUCGAUGAGAGAUCGCCGUUGAAACACGUACGGAUAAUUCGGGGACACCACUCUACCGUAUUCGGAGGAAUUUUUCAUUUUUUAACUUCUCCCGGACAAUACAGCACACAGAUUAUACAAAACCCGUUCUCACUUUUGCGUGUGUUUUUAUCGGAGCGUGUCGCGUGUUAUUCGUUCGCGCUGAUCGAGAAAAAUCCCGGAAAUAAGUUGACGCGAAGUGACAGCGGAACGGCGGCGCCUGGAUUCACGAUGCGUCGCGCGGCGAUUCUGCACGCGAGGAAGAAUCGGCGGACGUGUCGGGAGGACGAAGGACAAAGCGCGCUAUCGUCGCGACGGCGCUGAAUUCAAUAGCGUCUUCGAUGAGCGCGACCGCCGCAAACAAGAGAAGAGGGGAGCGAAGAGGAAAAACAGGAAGAAGAUGCAGGCGCGAAGAACAAGGCAUACCGACAGUAUCGUCGUUAGGAAGUACAUUGUUUCACGGUCGGCGCGUCGGCCAGGGUUUUAUUAGAGAACGACGCGCGCGUUCCAAACGAAAGCUUGUGUGUAAAUCGAAGGGAGCCUGGUCAAACGCUCAAGAAAAAUCUCAGAUAAUAAAAUAGAAGGUUUAAUACAAUUUUAGAAUGGCGUGUGUGUGUGUGUGCGUUAUUUUCCCAAAUUUCGCGUCGAAUUUCUCACCAGCUCCGAUUCGAAUCCUCCUGUCGUUCUACGUCUAUGAAAAAUAAACUUGGAAAGGAA